CUCUUGCAGGGGUCAGCUUUGGAUUUAUAAACUACUUGCUGAGCUGAGACACUGGUGCUGGAAGGAGCAGAUCUGGGGAGGCAGGGAAGCUCUCUGCCUUGCUUCUCUUUCUCACUCCAUCCUCAGAGAUCAGAGGGUCCAGCAAAAUGAUCCAGCAGCAGCUGAGGCAGCUCCUGCCAGAGCCAGAAGUGGCUCCUUCUGCUGCCCUCGGCCUUCUCUGUGGCUCAGCGGUGGUCGUGGUAGUCUGGAAAUGGCUGGGUGAAAGGCAGAUCCAGAAAAAAAUGGAAGAGGCUCAGAGGACCCGGGAGGAAGGUGUGAAGAACAUGGCAAAGGCUGUCCGGCAGUUCAGGGAGCAGGUCCCCAGUGUGCAGACAGAUGCCAUCCUGUCCCUACCCCUGCUGGAACUUGCUGGGAGACUACAGGAAGGGUCCUUUUCCCCCAGGACUGUCCUCUACACCUACAUAGAGAAGGCCCUGGAAGUGACCCAGCAGACAAACUGCGUGCGACAUUUUAUCCCAGAGUGUGAGGAGCAGCUCCAGGAAAUACAAGGGCAGAAGAAGGGGCUUCUCUACGGCAUCCCUGUCAGCAUCAAGGACCAUAUUGGCCACAAGGGGCAUCUGUCAACCUGUGGGCUUGUGCAAUACCUGGGCACUCCAGAGCAGGAGGACAGCGUUCUAGUCAAGGUUUUGAAGAGACAGGGGGCCAUCCCAUUCGCUAAGACCAACGUGCCGCAAUCCCUCUUCAACUAUGACUGCAGCAAUACCAUCUUCGGCCAGACCUUGAACCCUCUCAACCACCAGAAGACCCCCGGAGGCUCCUCAGGAGGGGAGGGAGCUCUGAUCGCAGGGGGUGGCUCCAUCCUGGGCAUCGGCUCGGACGUUGGUGGCAGCAUCCGCCUGCCGUCCAGCUUCUGCGGGCUGUGCGGGCUCAAACCCACGGCCAAAAGGCUCAGCCUGUCUGGAGUGAAUGGGCCAGUCAGUGGGAUCCUGUCAGUUCCCUCUGCGCUGGGGCCGAUGGCGAGAGAUGUGGACAGCCUGGCCCUCUGCAUGAAGGCACUGCUCUGCGAGGAGAUGUUCCGGCUGGACCCCACCGUGCCCCCCAUCCCCUUUAACGAGGAGGUGUACUCAAGCUCUGCUCCUCUGCGGGUCGGGUACUACGACACCGACGGCUACUUCCCGCUGCCUCCUUGCAUGCGCAGGGCGGUGCGUGAGACCAGGGAGGCUCUGCAGGCAGCGGGGCACAAGCUGGUGCCCUUUUCUCCACUUCGGAUCCACUACGUCAUGACUGAACUGUUUCUGAAGACGUUUUUUGCUGAUGGAGGCCAUGCCUGGUUGGAUGAGUUCACAGGAAAUAUUGUAGAUCCAAGCUUAAAACCACAGGUGACUUGCUACAAGAUCCCAAGGCUGGUGAAGAAGCUGCUGGCUCUGAUUCUUAAACCUCUGUUUCCCCGCCUGGCUGACUAUCUGAAUGCCCUGUGUGGAAUGAGGUCAGUGAAUGAGUUGUGGAAUCAACAGCAUCAAAUAGAGGCGUACCGCUCAGAGUUCAUCACCCAGUGGAGGGAACUCCAGCUAGAUGUAGUGCUGUGCCCCGUCCUAGGGCCUGCCUUCACCGUGGGAUUCCCGGGGAAACUCCUCCCUGCCGUCUCCUCCACAAUGCUGUACAACGUCUUGAACUUCCCCGCUGGGGUCGUGCCCGUCAGCGUGGUGACAGAAGCUGAUGAGGAAGAACUGAAGCUUUACCGAGGAUGCUGCGAUGACUCCUGGGACAGGACACUGAAGCAGGCUGUGGCAGGAGGCGUGGGGCUGCCCGUGGCCGUGCAGUGCGUGGCCUUGCCGUGGCAGGAGGAGCUGUGCCUGCGCUUCAUGAAGGAGGUGGAGACCCUCAGCCGUGGGAAGGGAGCAGCGUAGCCUCUCCAGACCCACCUCUGCAGGGCCAGAGGCAGCCAAGACACAAGUGGGGCAGCUCUACAUCAAUUUCCCCUUUUGCAAUCUGAAGUGCAUAAAUUCCAGAAAGGAGGGAAAGAAGAAAAAAAAUACAUUUCCUGCCCUUCUUCCUGCUGACAAGCACAGAUCCUGUAAAGGACACAGCAGUUUCCUCAGUAGCCAUUAAAAGGACUGUAAAUCUGCCUCGCUGUCCUCUGUCUUGGCUGAGAUGCUGCUGGAUUCAUCUCUAAACAGCUCAGCAGCUGAUGCAGAGACCAAAACAACAUCAGCAUAAAUCUUCCAGCAUGUCAUCAUACAAACCCUUCACAAUACCAAAGUCCUUUGUUGAAAGGAAACCCUGUCUUGCCUGCCUCACAUUCUUCCUUGGAAGAAAAAUGAGAAUAUCUGAAGACUCCAGCUGGACACUGCAGCUUCACAAAUUAUCCUGCUGUCUGUCCCCCAUCUCCUCUGCUGCUCAUUUUCCUUUCUCCCCUGUUAGCCCCAAUAAACUCAUAGGGCUGAAAACAACCAGUUCCCUUUGCUACAUUAGCAACUGUGCAGUGUUCCCCACCAGCACACUCUGCAGCCACACUGACGCUCGUGUUGGUCAAAGAUGUGAUGCAGAGGGCUGGAAUGUCUUAUAUUGGUUCAAAUGAUCAAAGAUAUAUGAACUGCACCUUCCUGAAACAAUGGAUAGGGGUGGGAGCUACCCUCAGUAGUAUUUUCUUGCUCGCACUGGAUGCAAGCAUGGGCUGCUGAGGCUUACAGCACGGCUGAGAAUACAGCUGUGUCUAUUUACCCUCUCCAUCG